AUGUCCUCUGGGGCCCGCCUGGCCCCUCCAACAAUCCUCCACCGAACAGCAAGCGGAACAGACACCUCUCCACCUCGCGACCGUCUCCUCUACGCUCCUCCCUCAGACGAGUUCAUUCCCCGCGGUCGACUACCCUCACGAGGCUCCUCCUCCUUCCAACGACCAAACUUCAAUUUCUGCUCCCCACGGCGGCCACCACCACAAGGAACAGACCCGGGAGACGCUGUUCGGAAACCAUGGCGGAAGCUGCUGUGGAUCAAGCAAGAUUAUCCCGACAACUUCACACAUCAUACGUUUCUGCAUUCAUUACAACGGAAUGUGUCGGUGCGUCCAUACGACUUCUGGCCUCUAGUCAAUGAGUCAACAGUUAUUACACAGCAUCUAUCCUCAAUCAUCAUUUUCGCUGCAGCAUUCGUCGCGAUUUACACAGACCUCGUCCGUGCCGGCUCAAUAGCCACGCUCGGCACAGUUGGCACAAUAUUGGGAUAUGGAUACCUGGACUGGAAACUAAAACCACAACAAGACAACCCAUACCGUCGCAAGCGAACACGGACGCAAACGGCGAAAUCCUCCCUUCUCAUCUUCUUCACCCUCCUCGGACUGUCACCAAUCCUGACUUCGUUAACGAAGUCAACAACUUCCGACUCCAUUUGGGCCUUGAGUACCUGGCUCUUUCUUGCCAACCUACUCUUCCAUGACUACGCCUCCUCACCACCAUCAACGGGCAAGAUGGACGCAGCGCUAGACCUGAGAUUUCCAGGAAGUCUGGGAACGAAUGCAGGAGUCAUGGGCAGCGUCGUCUUAGCAUCUCGACUAAGAACGACAGAUGCAGUGUUCAGUCUGAUGCUUUGGGCAGUUGAGUGGUUCGCCCUCUUUCCCAUCUUCCGCCGCUACGUCCGUUUCCUCUCCCCAACUCUCCACCACGCCCUCACAAUCUCCCUCCUCGCCCUCGCCCUCUUCUCCCUCUACUACGUCGUCUCCAUCUACCUCUCCCUCCUCUUCCUCCUCCUUGUCGGAUUCAUCACGUUCGUGUGUCCGCUAUGGUUGAUAAAUCUCCAGAAAUACAAGAACGAGAUCCGGGGACCGUGGGAUGUUGCGAGGCCGAAAUUGAAGGAGGGGAGGAGUCCACCGCCGGAGGCUGCUGCUGCUACUCGUGCUGGUUGA